AUGACACUUUUAUUUCAAAUUCGAUUAGAACAAGAUAGUUUAACUUUGAGAGGGUCAUCUACGGAAUCUGUGGGUUGCGUUCUACGCGGACAACUCGUGUUAUUAAUUACAAAACCUAUCAAAACCAAAGAAAUUAAAUUGACAUUUCAGGGAAAAUCAAAAAUUGCGUGGGAUAGUGAGAAAUAUCAUGUUCUUCAGCCGGCAAAUUAUUGCUGGAAUUUUGAAUUAAUCCUUCCCGGAACAUUAAAAGAAACGAUUGAAAAAUGUAAUAGAAGUUACAUUCGUUAUAACCUUAAAGCUACCUUAAAAAGACCAACUUUCUCACAAAAUAUUCAUACUAAACGUAAAAUCCAAAUCAAUAGAUGUUUGAUGUCUAAUUAUUUUAAUUCAUUGCAAAGUGUUGUUCUUAUUAAUUCAUGGAAGAAUAAAGUUGAAUAUGAAUUUUCAAUUGGAGCCGGAUAUUUCUGCCUCGAUGACAAGAUUCCAGUAGAACUUAUUAUAAAACCUUUAGUAGAAGGAAUAAAUAUUCAUCGAUUCAAUUUAAUUUUUGAAGAGCACAGAACCUAUAACAUUGGACCGAAAACCAUGAAAGAAGUGGUAAUUAUUGAUAUAAAGAGAGAUUCAUCAGUAAUUCCUUUUGAUAAUGAAACUUGGAUUAAAAAUGAAGAAAUGUCAAUUCCAAAGUCUCGUUGUUUAGCAGAUUCUGAAAAUAACCAAAUUCGUAUCGAACAUAAAGUAAGAUUUGAUGUUACAUUUCAAAUUGAAGAUAAAGAUUAUUAUGAAGUUACAGCAAGUUUACCUGUCAUAAUUACUUCAUGUUUUAGUCCGAUUGGUAUUAUGUUUGAUGCACUUCCUACCUACAAUAGUUAUUAUUUUGACAGAGAAAUCAACGAAGAUUUAUCAUCUUCAAUACCUUCCAAUAAUAAUAAUUUAACUUCUAGAGACAAUAAUUUAUAUAAUAAUUUAUCAUCCAGUAUUAAUAAUAAUUUACCUUCAUACGAUAGCACAAUAUCUUUAAUUCCUUUGUUAAUUAAUGAUUAUAUUUUACCACCAGCUUAUGGCACCAUUUAA